GUUAUACUUUAUUCAUCGGUUAACCGACAUCAAAGUUUUAAGAUAAUAGUUUUCUAAGUAAAAGAUAUAAAACAUGGAAGAUGAUUCAAAAGUACAAUUAGUAACAGAGGAUAGUGAACAGGAAGAGGAAGAACUAACGGCUCAAACUGCAUUAUUAGCAAUAGAAAAAGCUUGGUUAAAUGAAAAAUUUGCUCCUGAAAUUCUACCACAUGAGUCUGAUUUGGUUGAUUGUAUGUUGCAACAAAUUACACAUAUGGAAGAAAACAUGAAGAGGUUAGAUAAGGGAGAUCUAAGAUUAAUGAUCCAUAGGAUGGAAGUAGAUAGAAUUAAAUUUGUGGUAUCUAGUUAUCUGAGAACUCGAUUAGAGAAAAUUGAAAAAUACACUAUUCAUAUACUUUCUCAAGAAGUAAAUAGGUCUUCCGAAGAAUGUUAUCUAACAGCUGCAGAACUCCAAUUUGCAAAAGAAUUUCUUGCAAAUAUUGAAACACUUUUUAAGACAAUUGCUCUGCAAUAUAUGCCUGGAAAUUUCCAGGUAUUCGAAGUUAAUAAAUUGACUGUAAAACCUAACAUGCAAACAUAUGUAUUUUUAAGAACUAAUAACAGAGUUAACGGAAUUAUACUCCCUGGUUCAAUGGAUGAAGAAAUAGAUCUUGAACCAGGUUCUCAACAUAUUAUACAAUAUAGUGCUAUAGCAGAUUUAGUUAAAAGUGGUGCUGUUCAAUUAAUCUAAUGUUUUCUAUUAUUUAAUAAUGAGAAUAAAAGAGAUCUAUUAUUUUCUAUAGUCAUUAUAUAAUA